AAAAAAUCCACAAAACAUACACUCCUCCUAAGGUGACCCAAACCACCCCCCUCACAUUCUCUACCUCCCUCAUACAUAAAUCUUUUUCCUGCGCACAUCUCUUUUCCCGGUCUUCAAGGACCAAACACACCUACAUCAAUAAUGAGUCUCUUCGGCAACAAGAACUGCGCCAUCAAGCCUCGUCCCGCCAUCACGCGCAUCAUCUCCCAACCCGUCGCGAAGAAACCUGCCUCGACCCCUCUCCCCUCCAAAACCAAGUCGCAAAAUACCGUCCAUCGAGGUCGCGACUCGACAUCCAUAGCAAGGAGCUCACCCUCUGGGUCCUCAGCUUCAGCACACCGAUCUAGAACUAGUACGCCCGCAGGUGGUGAGCGACAAACAGACGCUUCCAAACUCCAUCCUCGACCCAAACGUCCGAAACUGCAACGUGCCUCGCCCAGUCAUCAACCUAUCUUCGAUUCGGAUGACGAUGACGAGGCGAGCUCCUCAGAUGAUGCAGCGUCCCAUAAGCGUCGCAAGAUGGGGGGUGUUCAGACGGUUGUAGAUUCGAAGCGCUCUCUGCGAUCGCGAAAGGCAUUUUCGAACCAGGAUGGAGGUUUAUUCCCUAUGAUUCAUGCUGCAGAUUUAGUCGCGCCGCUGUCGAGAAGUAAUCCGAAUCCGUCGCAGGGAAAUUUCACGGUCAAGUUGAAAUAUCCAAGUGCUUCUCAGCGGGAGAGGUAUUUGCCAAGUCCUGGUCGCAUAUCAAUUUCCAGGCAGAUGACUAAUUUGUUGAUGAUGUAGGUACGAUUUGCAAGGCGGGAAGGAUGUCAUAAACUCCAUUCAAGAGAUUAUUGAUGUUGCUAGUAUAGUUACGGAUUUUUACAUGACCGAGAAACAAGCGGAACCCUUUCGCGACCCGAAUAAUGGCUACAUCCGACAACUCGAGAAAGCAAGAAACAAUUUGACGAACAAGAAGAAAGGGGACGGAAGACCAGAUGUGGAGACUCUAUUGAAUGACUUCAAAACUGCGGUCAGAAAUUACAACGUGGCUAUUGAUAAGCUAAGAACAGACGGAUCCGUGGAAAAGAAUCUCGACGAUAAACACCACCUCCCUUUCAAAAUGGUUCGGAUGAUUACUACUCAAGCAUAUGAUCGUACCGUGUCACCUCGUGUUGACGAUCUGAAGAAAUAUGAAGCCGGAAGCAACAAUGUUUAUGGCGAGCUGAGACCCAAAUUGGUUUCUGAAAUCUUGGGGGAAGCUGAUCUAAAGUCUGAUCAUGUCUUUGUAGAUCUCGGUUCAGGAGUCGGAAACGUGGUAUUGCAAGCGGCUCUGGAAUUCGGUUGUGAAAGCUGGGGUUGUGAAAUGAUGGUCAACGCUUACACGCUGGCGGACGCCUACAAGAAAGAAUUCACCGCUCGCUGUCGCCUAUGGGGGAUUGCUCCUGGAAGUGUACGCCUUGAACAUGGAGAUUUCUUGGAAAACGCCAAGAUUCAUUCUGCACUCGAACGUGCGGAUGUGAUCUUGGUCAACAACCAAGUCUUCUCUUCCGAUCUUAACAGAGCACUCGUUGAUCUCUUUCUGGAUCUGAAAGAUGGCUGCAAGAUCAUUUCCCUCAAGCCGUUCGUACCAAAAGACCAUGAAAUUACGACCCGAAAUAUCAACGAUGCUGUGAACAAUCUCAAGGUCAUCAAGAAAGGCGCAUAUUCUGGACAAGGCGAUGCGGUAAGCUGGAGUGGUGGAGGUGGCGAUUACUUCAUCACUGUGAAGGAUGCCGCGCAUAUGAGGGAAUAUGCUGAAGCGCUAGGCAUAUGAGAGGGCUAGUUGGAUAUACCAAACAACUGGUCUAGGCGGACUGUAUUAUGAAGAGUUUAUGAGGGUAUGAUCAGCGUGGAUUUUAGAGAUUAUGAUACACUUACAGAGCGAGCGGCUGAGCGGACA